CUCCGCCGGCCCGCAGGCGUGAAGACCCCCUUGUGGAAGAAGGAGCUGGAGGAGACCGGGGUCAGGGAGGAGGAGGCAGCGGAGGAGAGAUCGGAGGAGGAAGACGAGGGGAGGCCGUCGCAAGAGAGCACAACCGAGAGCGAGGCCGAGGGCCAGGAGGCGGAGGGCGGCGAGGGCCGCGAGCAGGGCUCGGUGUCCUACUGCCCGCUGCGCCAGGAGUCCAGCACCCAGCAGGUGGCGCUGCUGCGAAGCGCCGACCUCGGCUUCUGGGGCUGGCUCCUCCCCUUGGCGCUGCUGGGCGGCCUGACCGCGCAGGCCGACAGGAGGCGGAGCCUCCCGGAGGAGCAGUGCGUGUUGCAGACCAGGCAGCGGCCACCGCGCGGCGGGGGCUGCGGGCUCUGCGAGAUCCUUUUUUGCAAGAAAUGCGGGAACCUGCACAGCAACCCGGCCUACAUAGCGCACUGCAUUCUGGAGCACUCGGAUCUGGGUAAGGCGCGGGCUUGGGGCGGGGCGGGGGCGGCCGGGGACCCCGGAGCGCCCCCCUCUCAAUGCCUUUGUGCCCUCCAUUCUCACCGGAUCCCACUCCCUAAAACUUCCUCCUGUCCCCUGACGCCGAGCGCUCUCCAGCACGUGCCAGCGCCGCCCCCUCUCAGAGUCGCUCUCCGGGAACGCCCCCUCUUACACAAGCUGACCCACCUUCUGUGUGGCCAAUGGCGGGACCCAACGUCACCUGGAGCUCCAUUCCUCCCAUAGAGCUCCUGGGGGCUCCCGUCCCCUGGCAGCGCCCAGGGCCGACUGCCCACCUGACUCGCGGCCCCUGGCAAAGCCUCACGUUCAUCUCUCCGGUGUUGCAGGACCUUCUGGCCCGCUGGGCAGAAGCAUGCCUGGAGAAAAUGACCUCGGGGCCGUCUCACUCCUCUGAGAAACCUGCUCCUUCCGCUCAGAUCAUUCAAUAAAGCUGUAAGCGAAGUGUCA